UUCAUUUUUUUAGUGUCAUAUCUGUAAUACAAUUUCUAUACUGCAUCCUUGUCAAUACUUACUUUAUCUUUUGCACUGUAACCUUCACCUGUUUCAUGAAGGGAAAUGAACAAACCGACCAAUUCCUACAUGACCCAUCGCAUGGGCAUGUCAGGGAUGGGCAUGUCUGGGAUGGGCAUGGGGAUGUCUCCCUGUUUCAAGAUCGUCGUGUUUGAACAGGAACACUUCCAGGGCAAGUGCCAGGAGUUUACAUUCGAGUGCUGCAACAUCAAAGACUGCGGUUUCGACAACAUCCGUUCCAUUCGUGUGGAGUGUGGCGCCUGGGUGGGCUAUGACCACUCUGACUUUGAGGGCCAGCAGUUUAUCCUGGAGCGUGGAGAGUACCCCCACUGGGACGCCUACUGCGGCAACCUGUCCUACCACGUGGAGUGGAUGUGGUCUUUCCGCCCCAUCUACUGCGCUUCUUACCAGAGCAGUCGCAUGAUGAUCUAUGAGAAGGAGAACUUCCUGGGCCGCAACUCGGAGCUGUGUGACGACUACCCCUCCCUCGUGGCCAUGGGCUGGUGCGGAAACGAGGUCGGAUCCAUGCACGUUAUGUGCGGAGCGUUUGUGUGCUACGAGUACCCCGGCUACAGGGGCAAGCAGUACAUCAUGGAGUGCGAGAGACACAGCGGAGACUACCAGUGCUGGAGAUACUGGGGCUCCCACUGCCUCACCCCCAAGAUCCAGUCCAUCCGCAGGGUCCAGCCUUAAGGGGAAAGGCGACCUAUAGGAGACCCACCAAGACCAGCGGGACAGGACAGGACAGGACAGGACUUGACAAGACAGGACGAAGCAGAAAGGAAUCCAAUAAAUAAGGGGAAAAAAUGACACGAACAAAGGGAAAAAUUGACAUGUGAAAUGGAGCUGAAAAAAAGAGGAAAACAAAAAGCAAUCACUAUCUGUGAAUUUUGUGGUAGGGAGCCGUGAACGGUUUCAGAGUGAUGGCGUCACUGGCGUCACUGGCUUCUCCACACAGCGGGCAACAAAGCCUCUCAAGAUUAGAGCCUCUCGUCCUCCCCUUCCUACCUCACCACACAACACCACACCACAGACCCUCACACAGGCGCGCCAACACACACAUACAAAACCAACAGUGACACCCAGUGGCGACAUGGACACAGUGACGAACAGUGAACUAGUAGCCACGGCAGAUUUGGCUCAGUCCACUCCUCUCACUCAAAUCCAUAUAGGCCGUCUGUAUACGUAUGUGUAUGCAUGCGUUUUGUCCGGCUGUGUGUGUAUGUGUGUAUGAGAGAGACACUAUGCAGCUGACCACCCCCAUAUCUGUGUCAGCCCAUCACUGGAUGACGCAAGAAUGAGAUAUGGAACAGAUGGAUGUGUGUGCGCCCGUAUGUGUGUGUGUGUGUGUGAGUGUGUGUGUGUGUGCAUGUGUGUGUGAAGGGGGUGGAAGUAGAAGGGGAGAGAGGCAGCAGACCUAAUGACUAAUAAACUAACACACACCUCAA